GCAAAUUCUCAUCUUUAAUUAUUUACCAUCUCUCUCUGGGGGAGACCAACUGAGAAAAGUUGUCAAGGACCAAAGGGAUCGUCGACCCAUCUAUCUCUGUUGCUCGCAAACUCAUAUGCUGAUGCGGUCGUAAGUUCGUAACGAAUCGACACAACUAAAAUCUUACACAGCGUCCCUGAUUGAUUUUUUUAUGUAUAUAUAAAUUCCGAUGCUGAAUAUUUGGGCUUACCAAUUCGCGCAAAUUCGCUUCUUUAUUUAUUUAUUUUUUGCCCUGGUGAUUUUGGGCUAGAAAACUUUCUAGGGUUUUGAGAAUGAAGGCGAUGGAGUCCAUACAGGAUCUAAUCGAGGAGGCUAAACUUCGAACGGUUUGGUGGGCUCUGUGUAUCUUUGCCGUUUCGUACUUCUUAUCGCAUACCAGUAAAUCAAUGUGGAUGAAUAUACCCAUAGCAAUUCUGUUUGUUUCUGCACUGCGCAUUCUUUUUAAUGAGGUAGAUUUCCGUUGGAAGGAUCGAUCAGUUCGCCUACGAACGCAUUUAUCUCAUUUGGAGAAGAAACAAUUGUCAGUGAAUGAUACACGGCUUUCUACUAUGCCUCCCCCUCCAAAAUGGAAAAGGAAAAUCGAUUCUCCUGUUGUUGAGGCUGCAAUGAAUGAUUUUAUUGAUAAAAUAUUGAAGGAUUUUGUGGUGGAUUUGUGGUAUUCAGAAAUUACACCCGACAGCGAGUUCCCUCAGCAUAUACAUGCCAUAGUCAUGGACGCUCUUGGUGAAAUCUCGGGAAGAGUUAAAGAGUUAAACCUCGUUGAGUUGCUUACAAGGGAUAUAGUUGAUUUAAUUGGGAAUCACUUGGACACCUUCAGAAGGAACCAAGCUGCUAUAGGUAUUGAAGUUAUGGAAACACUGUCUUCUGAGGAGAGAGAUGAGAGAUUGAAACACCAUCUUAUGGCUUCCAAGGAGCUUCAUCCAGCAUUGAUAUCUCCUGAGAGUGAGUACAAGGUUCUUCAACGGCUGAUAGGAGGAGUGUUAGCUGUGGUACUAAGACCACGAGAAGCUCAGUCUCCUUUGAUUCGAUCUAUUGCUCGGGAACUUGUAACAUGCCUAGUUGUGCAACCAGUUAUGAAUUUUGCAUGCCCUGCGUACAUCAAUGAGUUGAUCGAAUACCUUUUGCUUGCUGCUAAAGAUGACAGCCUUAAAGGGGGAAGUAGUUAUCAUUCAACCAAUGAGGCAACUCAUCCUCAUGAUCAUCCUCUUGCAUCAGGGGGUGUACAGGAUGUGGAUUCUACCUCAAGGAAGCAUUUAUCCUCUAAUCAAGGGACUGAUACGAUAAUGGCUAAAAUUGGCAAUCAAAGAGAAACAUCCUUGGAUUACAGCACUGAAAGGCCUGUGAAAUACCAGUCUGCUGAUUGGGCACGAAUGCUGGAGGCUGCAACCCAGAGAAGAACUGAAGUUCUUACCCCUGAAAAUCUUGAGAACUUGUGGACGAAAGGAAGAAAUUAUAAAAAGAAAGAGCAGAAGAAUAUUAAAGUAGGUCCUCAAGAUCCUAUAAGAAAGGGUUCUGGAAUAAAUUGUGCUGUAUCCAGUAAAGACCUGGGAAAGGAAAUGUUAGCCAACAGGCAUGAAAUGCCUAUGGGAAAAGAUGAGGUAGGUAUAAAUCAGCUAAGUCAUCGACUAAGUGUUGAGGAUAUGUUAAGUGAUGGGAAUGAAACUGAAGAAGAUUUCUCUCAAGCUCCUAACAAGGAAUCCUAUUUCGAGGGAGGGAAUCUUCUUGAUGUGUUGGAAAAUAAUAGUAGUCUUGUAACUGAUGGAAAUAAACAUCCGCUCAAGAGAUCUAAUAGCACUUCUGCUUUGAUACCCCAACCUGAUACAGAGAAGAAAUCAAAAGGAGGACAUGGAGGGCUCAUUAUUUCUGAGUUCUACGGCCCCGAUUUCGGCCAGCACAGUGGAGAGUAUAGUGGUAAGACUGCUUCGGAUGUGGUGCUUCACCGUGAAGCACAAGAAGUUCCCAAGCUCAAGUGCCGGGUCAUGGGAGCAUAUUUUGAGAAACUUGGGUCAAAAUCUUUUGCAGUUUAUUCAAUUGCAGUGACAGAUGCAGAAAAUAAGACUUGGUUUGUCAAAAGAAGAUACAGGAAUUUUGAGCGAUUGCAUCGGCAUCUUAAAGACAUUCCUAAUUAUACGUUACAUCUGCCUCCAAAAAGGAUAUUCUCAUCAAGCACAGAAGAUGCUUUUGUUCAUCAGCGCUGCAUUCAGCUUGAUAAAUAUCUGCAAGAUCUCCUUUCAAUAGCUAAUGUUGCUGAACAGCAUGAAGUGUGGGAUUUUUUGAGUGUUUCCUCUAAGAAUUACUCUUUUGGGAAAUCUUCCUCAGUGAUGAGAACCCUGGCAGUCAAUGUGGAUGAUGCGGUGGAUGACAUUGUUCGCCAAUUCAGAGGAGUUUCAGAUGGAUUAGUACGUAAAGUUGUUGGUCCAUCACCCUCUAAUGAAGCUUCUUCUUCAGCAACAACCAGGAGCUUGCCCUGGAAUGUGGAUGAGAUAAAUAGACACAUUUCAAGUCAUUAUUCUGUAGAAACUAUGAAUAGUUUUUCUGAUAAUGAUGAAGGCCACAAGGAUGAGAAUGAUGUCCUCAAGGAAGUCAAUAGUGUAAAUGCUAGUGGGUGGCAUUCAGACAAUGAAGUGAAUUCGAAGAGUUUUCCACCUCGGGUAAUCAAACAUAGCAAAGAGCCUAUGAACUCAAGUUCUGAGAAGAGACAUGAUUUAAUGUUGAAAUCUGGAAUAUGCGGAGGUGGAUUUCCAGUAACAAGUUUAAUCUCAGAUCAUUUGGAGGACCCAGUUGGAAUGCCACCUGAGUGGACUCCACCCAACGUCAGUGUUCCUCUGUUGAAUCUAGUCGAUAAUAUAUUUCAGCUCAAGAGAAGAGGCUGGCUGAGAAGACAGGUUUUUUGGAUAUCAAAACAAAUAUUACAGUUAAUAAUGGAAGAUGCAAUUGAUGACUGGCUCUUGAGGCAGAUUCAUUGGUUGCGGAGAGAUGAAAUUAUUGCUCAGGGGAUUCAAUGGAUUCAAGAUAUUCUCUGGCCCGAUGGCACAUUCUUCCUAAGAGUACGGAACACUUCAAGUAACGACGAUGAUACUGAACCUCAUCAAAAACCUUUUCAAACUACAAAUCAAUUUGGUGGCAGUAAGGUCUCCUCAUUGGUGUCUUUCGAACAACAGCUUCAGGCCGCUCGCCGAGCAAGUGAUGUCAAGAAAAUGUUAUUUGGUGAGUAACAUUCUCUUUUAAUAGUUCAAUUAUUACUCUUUUGAAGUCAUUCAGUUGUGAAAUGUCCUUUAUCUUGCGACUUGUGGUUGAUAUCUUUGGAGAUUGUUUCCUUAGUUUGCCAGGCAAUGAUUUUUCUGUUUUUAUUAUUUUUUUUGUACUUAUGUUUUCCUUUUCGCUUUAUUUUUAGUCUAUAUCAUAAAUUCCAGAUUUCUCAAUAGCCAUUCGGUAUUUGAUGCUUGGAAAGUUGUGACUGCUUGUCUUGGGCUCCAGCAACUAUUUAUUUGUUUUUUUAUUUAAUUUUCACUUAAGAAUCUGAAUGUGUUUAACCAUAUAUUGUCUUUUCAGACUAUUCUAGUUUAAUGGGACCCAAGUAAUCAUAAUGAGAUCUUUUCUAAUUAAUUAGUUUAAAUUAAUUUCUAGGGCAUGUGUAUCCCUCGUGUAAACAAAUGCACUGUAUUUUUAUGUGGGAUUUUGGAUGUCUGUUCAUGGGAAAAUAUUUGAAUAAGCAAUUUGAAUGAUUUUUUCCCUUUAAACCAUUGUUUGUUGUAAGUACUUAGGAUUUUACUAGAGGCUUCUCAUUAUGGGAUAGUUUCAACACCAGAGAUUUGUAGAAUCUCUGGAGCUCAAAUCUUGAGGCUAUACGUUAUGGUUUCUAAGAUUAGCCUUUCUUUGUAACAUAAAUUUUAUGUUUUAUUUUAUUGUUUUUCCCAUCUGGUUAUGUGCACAACUUAUACCAGAUAACUAAAUUGUGGCUCUACUUUGGAUAUUUGGAAAUAGCAAAACUGCUCUUACGUAUUGACCAGCCAUCACCUUGCUCAUAAUUGAAGGGGAAACUCCAGACUUCAUUAUAAGAUAAUAGGACUAAAAAUUGGCAAUAGUUGUAUAUGCAUGUCAGUGUUUCAUCUGGGGUAUUCUUAGAUUCCUCACUAGUCUUGUUUUUUUCAUUGCAUCCACAUGAUCUCUAUGAAGAGGACCAAUUAUGUUAAUCAAUCUGCUAAGAGCCCCACCUUUGUCUUAGCCCCACCAAACCCUAGACAUGCGAGUAUGGAAAAAUGUUAAAACAAAGAAAAAAUCUCUCUCUCUCUCUCUCUCUCUCUCUCUCUCUCUUUAUAGGUAAAAUAAAUAGAGAGAAAAAAUGUUAAAAGGAAGAGACUUCCGUGGGGAUCGUAAGAGCUGAACAUAAGAUCUAAUAGAGCAUGCUCUGAUAACCAUGUUGAAGGACAUAUUAACUUGAGGUUUAGAUAUUAGGAAAUAGGCAAACUA